CCACAUCCACUCUGCUCAGGCCUCACUCCGCACAAGCCAAAACCGCGAGCGCACAAAGCGACAACGCCCCCCAAACCUCCUCCCCUCCCCUCGCUCCGGUUCCGGCCAUGUCGCGCUUCUUCCGCGGCGCCGCCCUCACCGCCGCAGCGGUCGGGGGCCUGCCCUCUGCACUCUCGUGGAAGCUGUCGUCGCCCAUCCCACUCUCGACUUCGCCCUCCUCUUCUCCAUCGGCGCCCGUAGGCCCCGCCGCGGUCACCGGCCACCUCGCCCUCGUCCGCGCGCACCCGGCUCUCCUCGAGCUCAACGCGAUGCUUACACCGGCCUCCUUCCUCCUCGACGCCACCCAGGCGCUCCUCGCGAGCGCACUGCGCUGUCCGCCGAUCUACCCAAAGGCGCUCCGCCACGGCCGCGAAUUCUUCACCGCACAGAUCCUGUCCGCGGAGUCGGAUGGCCACGCGACGGCGGAGCAGGCGGCAUCGGCCAGGGCUAACAUGGCCUUCCUCGACGCGCGUGAAGGACGCCUCGAGGACGCGCGCGACGCCUUCGUUCGCCUCGCCGCGGAGCGCCCAGGCGACACCACCUUGCGCCUCUUCGCUGCCGCGUUCUGCCGCGUGCUGGGCCGCCACGAGGAGGGGGUCCAGUGGCUGCACGAUUCCGCCGUGCUUGACCUCUCCCGCCUCGAGCACAAGACUCCGUUCGUGCUGGCCGUCCAUGUCGCCACGAUCGGUUCCCCGCCGCGCGCCGUGGCGGGCUCGGAGGAGCUGGUGUUGGUCACCGCGCUCGGGCUGCUCGAGAUGUCGAUGUGGUCCAUUUUCGCGCACGGCGAUCUGCCGGAGAGGCUGCAGGUGUUAGCGUUGUUGGCAUUCUUGCGGGGUGUCGUGGCGAAGAAGCUACACAGAGAUGAUGGACCUGCACGGAUGGAGGGAUCUCAGGACGCCACCCUAAACUAGCUAGGAGAAUUGUCUUCAGAACUCCAUUCAGAUUUAGGUGACUGUGUCUCAAGAUUCCUUGGUUAAGACAAAAUAUGGAAGUGAAGUGCUCAUCAUUUGCUGUGUUUGAAAGUGUUGAUACAGAGAUCCUCAACCAAUUGCAUGGUGCCCAAAUUUCACUUUUAUCUUGGCACUACCAACAUAUCCCAUACACUGAUACGAAAGUACUGCUUACAUAUCUGGCUUGGCAACCGAUCAGCAAAUAGAAAUGUUAAAGAUGUAUGAAUUGAUCGAUUUACAUUUGUAUGCUUGGAUGUGCUGUGAAAAUGUUACUCUUUAUUCUUCUCUACUCUCUCCAUUACAAAUCAUAGGUUGUUUGGGUUUUCUAGAUACAUAUA